AUGAACCAUACAAAAUUUGUAUUUAUAUUUAUAACAAUUUUAUAUGUAUUUUGUGAAAAUGUUAAUUCGCUCGAAGUUUUAAAAUUAGAGUUUUUAAGUGAUGGUCAAGUUUAUGUAAAUAAAGAUACAGGGUAUUGUCAACUAAAGUUGACAUUCAAAGUAGAUCCCUAUGGGUGUUCUUCAUCUGUAAACAUCUAUCCAAGAAAUAGUGCUUUGCAAUCGACAGAUUAUUUUGGCGUUGAUAAUCUAUACCAAUAUUUUACCAAUACCUAUUUAUAUCCUACUGGUCAAUAUCCUAUGUUGUUUGAUUUGAAUUGUACUGGCUUUGCAAAUGAGUACACUAAUAUGACCCAGAUAUUUUCAUGUUACGAUGUACCAACAAUAGGUGUAGUAAAGCUAUCACCAUUUGUCGAAACUUUCGCGAAAACAUUUACAACAUAUCAAGCAGUAGCUUUCCUACCACAGUUAAAAUUCUAUCUACCUGCACUCAAUUGUAAUGCUAUAUGCUAUAAAUGUUCAAUAACAUCAACCUAUUCUUUAACAACGGGAUCAUAUUUUACUGUUUCAAUAAUCCCAUUGCCAGGAAAUAAUAAUUGUUAUAACAUUCUCUCAUUGUCAAUUCUGAUUGGCGAUGAUGUUAUAUACUCUAUCGAUAUAGAGAAUAAUUUCUUUACAAAUUCUUUACCAACGGUAAUCAAUAAAAAUACAACAUAUCCAAGUGUUAAUAAACCACCAUUCGCUGCUUAUAUAUCCAACAUUCCAAUAUGGAACUCUGUCGAUCUUGUCAAUCCAAGUCCAUUCCAUAUUACUAGGAUCUUAACUAAAGAUAUUCCUUUAUAUCCUGUUCAAGGAAACUCAAGUUUUGCUACAUAUCUUUCACCUUAUCUACCAAGUUCACCAGGAACAAUCAAUAUUAUGUCAAAGGUUUUAAACAAAGAAACAACUUUGCCAUCUAUUCAAUAUAAUUUUAGUUUAGUUGAUACCAAUACAUUGUAUCCACUAUCAGAAUGUAAUUAUGGCUAUAUAUUUGGUUUUACUGUCUAUGGAACCGAAAAAAGACAAACAACUAAUCAACUGAACACUUAUAUUAGUUGGUACGUUCCAGAUGGUAGCUCAGCUCCAAAAUUAUUUUCAAAAUUCAAGUAUCCCUAUGGAUAUCGUAAUGGAACCAUUGAUAAUGCCUCAUUCGUAGUUUCCGUACUGACAGGAAAUAUAACGAAUUAUGCAACUGCAUUAUAUUAUACUAAUUAUCAAAUAUUUCCAACUACUCCUCAAGGAUCACCACUACAGUUUAGAUUAAGCGGUUUAUCAAUAACACCCUUUGGAACCUAUUCUUUCUAUAUUCAAAUUGGUGUGAAUGAACCUCAAUAUGGAAUUUACAAGAUUCAAAUUGGUAGUUGCACUCUAAAUGAAAAGGAUUUGGCAUCUGGAGAUAUAUUCAAAGGUUACUAUGAAAAAGUGUGUAGAUAUGAUUUUAUCGAUGGUAUUGCUCAAGAUCUAGUAAUUGAAAUCUAUGGUAGAUCAAUGGAAAUGUCUUCAAUUCAACCAAAUACUGUUGUACCGUUUUUAGGUUCCUAUUUAAACAAAACAACAGUACAAUUCAAUGUAGGAUUGAAUGAUAUUGGAUAUGUUGGAUUUUCAAAAAAUAAUGUAGAUGUUACCAAUUUAUCAGUUUGGAAUUAUUUCCUUUUCAAUUUAACAACCAACAAUAGAUUAGAUUAUAAACCGAUUUUGGAGAUCUUCAAUCAAGAUUUCAAUGGUAACAAGAAACAAUUCACAGGUCAAUGGAAUUCAACACUAGAGCUGUAUGUCAUUCCAUUUUUGAUUCCAAUGAAUUCUUUCGAAGGUUUGGUUCCAUAUCGAUUACUCUCCCGUUUACCAAUCAGUAAUGCAGAAUUUUAUUCAAAGUUUAGAGAGUCAUCACAAUUAUAUUUACAAUCAAAGAAUGCUGAUUUACUUGGUCCAAUGGUUACAGGUUUAACAUAUUAUUCUCAGAACUCUACAAUAGGAUGGGAAAUUACCAUUGAGGAUAAAAUUAAUGGAUUUAAAGAAGGUUACAUAUGUAUAUCUUCAUUUUAUCAACCUUCUUGUAUGGUUUCAAAGAUUCCAUUUAAUAGUCCAACGAUAUUAAUGAGUGGUGAUAUGAUAUCAAUACCUUAUGUUGUCGCAGAUAACUUUACAAUAUCGAUUUAUGCAGUGGAUAAUGGUGGAAAUAUUGCGACAUCUAUCAUUGACCGAGAGAUAUCUAUGUUUCAAGGAUUAAAGAAACAAUUCAUCUAUACAGAUCCAUUUAUGAAAAUCUAUAAUACAGAUAUCGGAAAGAAUAUGACAAUUAUUACAAAUCCAGAAGGUACUAUUGAUGAUUCUGGAUUUAAUUAUUUUCAUCUACCAACCGUCUAUGUGAUUUCUUUGUAUCAAGAUAUAAUUGAAUUUCCAGUAGAUCUUAUAGAAGGAAAUUCAACAUAUUGCAAAAUGUACAGUAAUAUUAGUUUACCGUAUGGAUUUGGUUCCUCUGAAUUCUUUAUUGCUGUAUAUGGAUUAUCCGAUAUCUAUUAUAAUCUUUAUGGAUAUGCAGGAGUAGAAGCAUCCGGUUUUUUUAGAAACUUUACAAAAACGCCUUAUUUAGAAAGUUAUGAACCGAUUUCAAGAGAAGGUGGAAUGUUAACAGUAUAUGGAUAUCAGUUUGGUUCAAAUUCGAGUCUACUCUCUUUUACAUUAACAAAUGAUACUAUGACUUAUACCAUUUCAGCAACUUACAAACCGAUAGUUACAAACAGCUAUUUAAUCAUCUCCAUACCAUCUUUUGGCAACUCGUCUUUUUACAAUUUGACAAUGUAUAAAAACCCAUAUAUAUCAAAUCUAUUAACAAUAUAUCCAUUAGAAUCUUACUAUGAACCAAUAGUAAUACCAACAAUAAAACCAACGCAAACACCAACAACCACACCACCAAAGCCAUGUCCAGGAAAUCCAACAUGCAAUGGAAAUGGAAAUUGUGUAAACUCUGAAUGUAAAUGUUUUAAAAACUUCUUUGGUCCAGAUUGUUCAUCACAAUUAAUUCCAUCACCUCCACCAAAUGUAAAUCCUUCUACACCAGGUACAAAUACAACGGUGAUCACUCCAAAUGAUAAUACAUUAAUAUCAGAGUUAUCGAUUGAUUCUUUGAGAGAAUUGAAUGAUAUUGGAAAUGUUGUUGCAGAAUACAAGUUAUCAAAUUAUUCAUGGAACUUUGAAAAUCUAACAAAAGUAAACGAUCCAGAUUUCAUUGAAUAUCGAUAUUCAACAUUAAUUAAAAACACAACACAAUUCAACAUUACCAUUCAAUGGUUCUUGAAUGAAUUCAAUUAUUCAUUUGCCGGUGAUAACUACACAAUGUCAAAAUCAUCAUUAAAAUACUCGAUAUCAAUAUCAACUUAUGAAUUCUUGACGAAUCUCAAUCAACUCCAAGUUAUCAUGUCAGCAACACUCAUUGGUGCAAAUGAUGAUUGUUCAUCAAAAUCAUUUGGAACAACAUCGACAUCCGACGGUAAAGAUCAACAAUUACAAUGGAUCAAACUCAAAGUUGGCUAUGAAAGUCUUUACGGUCGAUUCAUUGAGAAAGCUGUUGUCGAUGAUGAUGCAAUGAUUGUGAUAAACCGAGUGCUUGACGAUCAAUAUCAACCUAUUUCAACAACAUCAACAACACAAUCAUUCAUUGGAAUUGACAUUCCACAUUUCAGUCGAUCGGUUCUCAUUGAUCCUGAUUUCUCAAUACUUGUAGAUAAUACACCUGCUUCCGACGAUCCAAAUUCAAAAUGUAACAGUAAAUCAUCAGGAUUAAUUCUUAGUUAUGAAUUUAUUAGUGAGAAUCCCACUUAUUUUAAUGCUUUAACUAGUUCAUGCCAAACAAAGAUUGCCUUUAAAAUUGAUCCUGCUAGAUGUACAUCACCAAUAAACGUGGUUAUUAAUAAUGGAAAUUAUAUAUCUCAAGAUUCAAUAGUAGUUGACAAUCAAUAUCAAUACCAUUAUUAUACAUUUGCCUAUAAUGUUGGUCAAUCUAUCAUGGAUUUCAUGUUCAAUUGCACAGGAGGUGGACAAUAUUAUCUUCAAAACUCUGAUAAUAAAAUUAAAUGUUUAAAUGUACCAAAUUUUAGUAUUACUAGUAUAUCAGCAUGGCAACAAACAUUUAACUUGGGAUUUCAAAGCUAUGAGAGUGUAUUUGAUGUUCCAGAGUUGAAUUAUACUUUACUCUCUUUAGUUUGUGAUGCGAGAGCAUUUGAAUGCACAGCUACACCCAGAUAUUCAAAGUCGAAAGGCUAUUUCAGUUUCAUUCUCACGAUUGUACCAUUCCCAGGUCAACUUGAUUAUAAUAGUGACACUCUUACCAUUUCAGUUGGUCCAGAUGUUAAGUUCACACAACCACUAGAUAAUAUAUUCUUUUCACCAACAGAUGAUCAAAUUUAUAAUGAUGGAGCAGCAACACCAAAUGGAAUGUAUAUAAAUAAUGGUGAUAGUAAAUUUGCACUAUAUUUUAUCAAAAGAUUGAUACCGAAUCAAAUGUCAACCUAUGUUGAUUGGUAUGAAACUGGUCAAUUAUUACCACACACGCUUUAUAGUAAAUACAACUUCCCCUUUGGAUAUAUGAAUGGAACUGCACAACUUUCAUUUUCAAAGAGUGUUCAUCUAAUUGGAAAUCUAACAAACUACGGUACUGGUGCUUUCUAUGUAGAUUAUCAUCCAAUUCCAUAUGGUUUUGUAGCAAAUCCAACAAUGCUUAAAGUAGAUAAUAUAACUUUAACACCAUUUGGAACCUAUUCUUUCUUUAUUCAAAUUGGACUGAGUGAACCGCUCAAUGGUGUCUACAAGAUUCAAAUUGGAAGUUGCAAUCUUUUCGAUAAAGAUUUGGUAUUUGGAAAUGCAUUCAAUGGAAUCUAUGAGAAAGUUUGUCGAUAUGAUUUGGUUGAUGGUGUUGCUCAGGAUCUAGUAAUAGAAAUAUAUAGUAAAUCAAUGGCAUUAUUAUCAUUUACACCGAAUUCAUACAUACCAACAUUAGGUAGCUUUUUACCACCAUACCAAUUCCAAUUUAAUAUACCUUUAAAUGAAUUUUCAAUGGUUGGAUUUGCAAAUGAAGUUGUCAAUGUAACUAAUUUGUCGGUUGUAAAUUAUUUUUAUUUCAAUUUGACUUCUACCAACAAUAGAUUAGAUUAUAAACCGAUUUUGGAGAUCUUCAAUGAAGAUUUCAAUGGAAACAAGAAACAAUUCACAGGUCAAUGGAAUUCGACACUCCAACUCUAUGUCAUUCCAUUUUUGAUUCCAAUGAAUUCUUUCGAAGGUUUGGUUCCAUACCGUUUACUAACUCAACCACCAAUAAGAAAUUCACAAUUCUGUGCAAAGUUUGGUGAAUCAUCACAAUUAACUUUACAAUCUGAGAAUGCCGAUUUACUUGGUCCAAUUGUAACCUCUAUUAAAACAUUCUAUCAAGCAAAUGUUAUUGGAUGGGAGAUUACGAUAGAAGAUGAUGUCAAUGGUUUCUCAAAUGGAUAUCUUAAUGUCACUUCGAAUUAUCACUCUGGUCCGAUUGCUCCUGGACCUAUUUAUUUCAGAGUAACUGAUAGAGUUGGAGGUGACCAAUACGUGGGUAUCUACAUUCUACGUAUAUCAAUACCUCAUAAUGUUGCCGAGAACUAUACACUAUCUCUAUAUGCAGUGGAUAAUGGUGGAAAUAUUGCUACUUCUUUUGCCGACAGAGAAAUCCAAGGAUUUAAAAAACCUAAUCAAAUCGAUUUCGUCUAUACAGAUCCAUUCAUGAAAAUCUACGGUACUGAAAUGGAAAAGAAUUUGACAAUCAUUACCAAUCCAAGAACUGAGAAAGAAGGUGUAGCACCCAAAUUAGACCGAUUUUCUGUUACAAGACCAAUAGUGGAUGUUGGUGUCAGCAAUAUAUCGACUACGAUUUUAUAUCAGAUUUCAGAUAAUACGAAUAUCGAUACCGAUCAUGCGCCUACCAUUUAUGUCUCAUCAAUGUACGAGGCCACUGUUGAAUUCCAAUCGGCUCUUCUCUCGUCCAACUCUACACACGCCUCAUUUUCCUGUCAGAUUAUACUUCCCUAUGGUUUUGGUUCCACAGAUUUCUAUAUUUCAAUCUAUGGAAUAUCCGAUAUCUAUUAUAAUCUAAUAGGAUACACUCCAUUAGAAUUAUCUGCUUCAAGUUUUUCUUUUGGUUUAAAAAGACAAUUUUCAAAGACUUAUCCAUAUUUAGAAAGUUAUGAACCGAUUUCUAAAGAUGGUGGACAAUUAACUAUUUAUGGAUAUCAAUUCGGUACUGAUUUGAAUCAGAUUUCUUUCAAAUUAUCACCUCCCAAUGGCGAAGUUAUGAUAAAUCUAACAAGAUCUUCGGUUUCAUUGUUGGGAAAUUCAUAUAUAAUUAUUAAUUUCCCAUCGUUUGGUAAUUUCUAUAGUCUUGAACUGGUUCUAAUGAAAUCGACAUUCAGUUCCAAUGUCUUGACAAUUUAUCCUACUUCGCCACUGGAGCUACCGAAUGUCACACCCACUCCAACACCAACAAGCACUACAACACAACCCCCAGUUACACCCACACCAAAACAAUGUCCAGGAAAUCCAACAUGCACUGGAAAUGGAAAUUGUGUAAACUCUGAAUGUAAAUGUUUUAAAAACUUCUUUGGUCCAGAUUGUUCAUCACAAUUAAUUCCAUCACCUCCACCAAAUGUAAAUCCUUCUACACCAGGUACAAAUACAACAGUGAUCACUCCAAAUGAUAAUACUCUGAUAUCAGAGCUAUCUAUUGAUUCUUUGAGAGAAUUGAAUGAUAUUGGAAAUGUUGUUGCAGAAUACAAGUUAUCGAAUUAUUCAUGGAACUUUGAAAAUCUAACAAAAGUAAACGACCCAGAUUUCAUUGAAUAUCGAUAUUCAACAUUAAUUAAAAACACAACACAAUUCAACAUUACCAUUCAAUGGUUCUUGAAUGAAUUCAAUUAUUCAUUUGCCGGUGAUAACUACACAAUGUCGAAAUCAUCAUUAAAAUACUCGAUUUCCAUUUCAACUUAUGAAUUCUUGACGAAUCUCAAUCAACUCCAAGUUAUCAUGUCAGCAACACUCAUUGGUGCAAAUGAUGAUUGUUCAUCGAAAUCAUUUGGAACAACAUCGACAUCCGACGGUAAAGAUCAACAAUUACAAUGGAUCAAACUUAAAGUUGGAUAUGAAAGUCUUUACGGUCGAUUCAUUGAGAAAGCUGUUGUCGAUGAUGAUGCAAUGAUUGUGAUAAACCGAGUGCUUGACGAUCAAUAUCAACCUAUUUCAACAACAUCAACAACACAAUCAUUCAUUGGAAUUGACAUUCCACAUUUCAGCCGAUCGGUUCUUAUUGAUCCUGAUUUCUCAAUACUUGUAGAUAAUACACCUGCUUCCGACGAUCCAAAUUCAAAAUGUAACAGUAAAUCAUCAGGAUUAAGUAAAUAUCAAAUCAUAGGUAUUGCUGUUGGCGCUGCUGUCAUUGCCAUAGCCAUAGCAGGAACCAUCACAUACAUAACACUUAAAAACAAAAGACAAGCCAAAUCAAUAGAAGAACUAAAUAUGAAGAUGCAGAAAUUAAAAUCCGAUAAAACAUAA